CACACGCGUGCGCGCACACAGGCUGACGGUGCAGGAGUGAUUUAUAUCACGCCUACCUUCCCUUGGCGUGUGCUUGCGGAAGAGCCGUUACCUGGUUACUGGGGAGUGAUGGAGCAUUGAGUAAUGUAAUCUUCACGACUCCUCAGAUAUGAGAGUUUCUCUCGCGCUCGCUGAGCCAAAGCACCACGCGCUGUUCCUGCAGCAUCUUCGGAGAGCGCGAGCAACGGCUCGUCCAGGAAAAACGCUUUAACCUCUGAAUUAAGUUACAAGUAUCACCACGGACAGUCUCCAGUUUGUCAUAUCCCCAGUUGUGAAGAGCAAGUUGUCCGACAAAUAUUGGUCUAAGGACAAUGGCCCCCAGCUGAAGGCAGUGACGGCAAGAGACUGAGAUGGAGCUGACCUCAGUAGACGCCUCUGCUGUGCUGGACUUAUGGGGCAACGGCUCCAUUCCUGGUUUCCUCCUUAACGAGAGCAUUCUCAAUGACUCUUGCUUCCUCAAUGCUUUGAACUGCACUAAUGGGACAGAUGCGGGGAACCGAGCAGGAACAAGCAUGGCAGGAAUCCUCAUCCCUCUUAUAUACAUCAUUGUCUGCAUUGUCGGCCUGGGAGGAAACUCACUGGUCAUCCACAUCGUCCUGCACUACUCCAAGACAGAGUCAGUGACCAACAUCUACAUCCUGAAUCUGGCUAUAGCUGAUGAGCUCUUCAUGCUGGGCCUUCCGUUCCUCGCCGUGCAGAACGCCAUGCACUCCUGGCCCUUCGGCUCAUUCACAUGCAGGUUGGUCAUGACCGUUGAUGGCAUUAACCAGUUCACCAGCAUCUUCUGCCUCACCGUGAUGAGCAUCGAUCGCUACCUGGCCGUGGUUCAUCCUAUACGGUCCUCAAAAUGGAGGCGACCGCAAGUGGCCAAGGCGGUGAAUGGAACAAUCUGGGCCGUCUCGUUUUUGGUAGUCUUGCCUGUGGUGAUUUUUGCAAACGUGCAGCGGGAAGGAGGCAUCUGCAACAUCAUUUGGCCGGAGCCAGCCAACAUCUGGGGAGCAGCAUUUAUCAUCUACACCUCCACAGUUGGCUUUUUCUUUCCCUUGCUAGUCAUCUGCAUGUGCUAUCUCCUCAUUGUGAUCAAAAUCCGCAGCUCGGGAAAGAAGGUUCAUGCCACUUCGACCAAACGGCGCAAGUCAGAGCGAAAAGUCACGCGAAUGGUUGUGAUAGUGGUGGCUGUGUUCGUUUUCUGCUGGAUGCCAUUUUACGCCCUCAACAUCAUAAACCUGGUGGAAUCGCUGCGGGAUGAGCCCCAAGGUCUGCAUCUUUUUGUGGUGGUAUUGUCUUAUGCUAACAGCUGCGCUAACCCUAUCGUUUACUGCUUCCUUUCGGACAACUUCAAGAGGGGAUUUCGAAAGGCUCUGUGCCGCUCAUCUCGAAGAGUCGAGAACCACGAGCCCACCGAGCAACAGAAUCAAGAGGAACGAAGAAGAGUGCUGAUGCCCAGGGAAAGCCUUAGAAGAGCAGUGAGAGAGGAAGAGGAUGAGGAAGAAGAAGAGUACAGGGAGGAAGUGACGGAGAUGACGGAAAUCUGCAGGAUUACUCAGAAUGGAAACGGAAGCAGACAACCUGAAAGUACCCGAGCGCUUUUCUUAGAGAGACCCUCGGGUACAGGGGUUUCUGAGACAAGUUCCCCAGACAAGAGAGGCACAGGUGGGGAUGCUAAAGGACCAGGCUUUGGAACUGCUGCAACCCUCCUGAACGGGGCUAAAAAUGGGAAUGUGAAAACACUGCCAGAGGAACCAGUGGAAAAAAACAACUCACUAGAGAUCAGCUACUUGUAAACGUGUGAUUUGUGUCAGCUGGAAAAAAAAAACAGUAUUAUUGUACGUGCCUCACUGAGCUCUAUUCAGUUUGUAGUAACAGUACAACUCGUCUUCAUGUCUAUGAAAUUUUCUCCUAAUAAUUAGAAUUUGUAGUAUGGAAGUGUACAAUCUGGCAACACAAUUUGAAAAGUCACAAUGAAUUUUGCCUUAUUUAUAGGACUUGGCAAAUCAAAACAAGGGUCAUCAGCAGCAUUCCAUGGUAUCAAUACCUAUGGGACCAGCACCACAAUAUGUGAAGCAUCUAUGUGCCUUUUUCUAAAUUUGUUUAGGAGAUUUAAUCAAUGCAGUAAAUCUAUGGCUACGACUGACUGGGCACUAGAUCACUAAAUACAUUUACAUGCACUUUUGCUCGAUUUUAGCUGUGCACAUAGUGAGACUUGUAGCAUACUACUAAGUGAUACAAUUUGGAAGAGAUUUUGGAAGAGAUUUUGUAAAUGUAAACAGGUCAAUAAUUAUACAUCAUCUUGUAGUUUUCUCUAAAUGUAUUUGUAUGUGCUUUUUGCCUUACUUGUAAAAGUAGUGUACACUAAUUGAAAUCUGUUGCAAAUAGGUCUUCAAACUCUACAUACACAUUGUUAUAUUGUUUUGUGAUACCACUGUUGGAAUGAAUGUCCGAAAGAAUUUCUGUUUUGUAUUACUUCUUGAAUUAUUUUGUGCAGGGGGACUAACACCCAGAUUUAACCAAUGGUAAAUUCCAUCAAAACUAUCCCAUUACCACCCAAAAACAAACAUAUACACUCAGGUAUUGAACUUAAAAGGAUAGUUUACCUAAAAUUGACUUGUCAUUAUUUAUUCACUCUUAUAUCAAUCCAUUAAUGUAUGGAUUUCUUUUUCUAAGAAACAGAAAAGGAGCAGUUUUAGCUAUAAACUAUAAAAACUAUAGUGACUAUAGUGAUAAAAAAACAUCAUGACCGCAUCAUAACAUACAGUAGCCUGUAUGACUAAUCUCAAAAAGUCAUUAUUUAUUGAUAAAUGCUCUUCACCUAAAGCUGUAGGACUUUUCUUUGACAUGGAAUAUAGAGCAUGCAAUAUACUGUAGAAUACUUCAUGAAAUUAUUUUAGUGUAUUUAGAAUUUUUGGGACUUAAAGGUCAUUAUUUACUUCCGUUCCAUAGAAAAGAGCCGUGUGAUGAUUCAUCUAAAAAGCUCCUUUUGUGUUCUAAUGAAAUAUACAAUAGCAUGUGGGUUUGGAACAACAUGAGGGUGAAUAAAUAAUGAAAAUAAGUGUAUUUAGCAUAAUUAAAGAGCAUGGUCUUUGAGCCACUGGGUUUAUCCGACACUUGCUAAAGAGGUUAAAGUGCCUCCAAUUAUAAUAUCAUUUAAUCGAAUUCCACAGACAGACAACAUAAGCUACACAUACAUUAAAAUUCCACAGUGUCUCUUCCCAGCGCCGUAAUAUGCUUAUGUGACAUUCAGAUACCCUUUUCUGAGUGUUAUAAAUAAACGUUAACUAUUGAGAUCAUAGCAAGCACUAACGUAUCAACUACACUCCCCACCGCCCUACGCCACCUCCUCCUACGCACGAGCUCACACUCAGAUUGGUUUGGAGGCGUAUAUAUGAAAGCCAUUGCAGACACAUUAUGGAGAGAAAGAGAGAGCUACCACCAUUUCCAUAAUGACUCUGUGGAUUUCACAGCUUUCGUUCAGAACUGAUUGUUUAAAUAUUAAAAAAGAAUGUGUAAAAAGCUGUGCGAAAAUGUUAGUCUGCCGUUUACUAGGGAUAUUUUUAAUUGUUGUGCUAUAGCUAUAUAAAAUUUAUUGCACACUGUGUUUACUAUUGACCCGCUCAGAGAAGCUGCCCUUUGUGGCUGUGGGAAGAGAGGCGCCCAUCCUGUGACCUUAUGAUUGGACAGCUCUCCGUAUCUAAAUGAAUCUCUGUGAUUCACUGGACGCUUGACACCCACCGGGGCCCACCCACACACGGUAUGGAUCCACAAAGAGGCAAAUAGUGCUGAAGGCUGCUUGUGAAUGCUGUGAUAUUAUUCAUUUCUUGGCGCAGACUUAUAUAGGCCUCUUGUGCAAACAAAGCCAUUUGCUCAAGGAUAAAAAUACAUAGCUGCCCAUGUGUCCUUGGUCAGUACUUUAGCAUUUAUAUAAGUGCAAAGAAAGGUUUUUUCUCUAACACCAAAUGUAUAUAAUCUUUGGUUAGUUUCAGCUCCUUAAAUUGUAUAAAACAUUGUGAGAGGUUAUUUAUUUUCAAUUGUGUAAAUGUUUGAACCAUGUAAGUACCUGAAUGCAGAUGUAGCUUGCUACAAAAGUUUAAUUUUCUCACACAAGCGAAGGCUGCAUUCUCACCAUUGCCACAAGAGGUGCUAUAGCUGGAAUUAUAGUGAGUUUAGGUCCUCCUGGGAAAUUAUAAUCAUGGUUUUGUAUUGAUGUUCAACUUGUAAAUACAAUUUUUACAACAAGACUUGAAUGCACCAUUCGUCUAAGUUAAAUGUCUCCUUUUAAGCUGAGUUUUCUCUUUUAGGUCAGCUGUUAAAGUCAGUAUGUUUCUAGCAGUUUACCAAAAUAAUAACACAUAUGGUUUAAUGUCAGAGGCAACCAAAUUUUGUAUUCUAUCGCCCUGAAAUUUUGUGGGCAAAAAAGCCUAUCAGUUGACUAUUGCCAGUAGUGUAGCAACAUAAGAAGCACGGCUCACACAGAAGUCACUGUCAAACCAAGAGUUCUACUAGUAAAUGUUUUGAAUUUGUAUGACUAAUUUGAGCCUGUUGCAAAAUCUGCAUAAGGAAAUAUUUUACGUGGAUCCCCAAAAAUUUGCUCUCUUGCCACCACAAAAAUAUGGGUUGGCAAAGCAAUUUUGUCUGCAUUCACUUACUUUCAUAUAUCUAAAAUGUUCUCUUUAAAAAGUUCUGCUAACGCUGAAGGGUGCAUUUUGUGUUAGAUUAAACAAGUUCUUUCAUUUGAAAAAUCACUGUGUGUGUAGUCUGAUAUUUACCAAAUUCUAGAUUUAUAAAUAAAUAAAUAUUUUGUCUCUGUGAAUGUGUUUUUUAUGCUUGCUUUCUUUUUUUCUUUCUUUUUUCCUUUUUAAUCAUAGCUGCUGGCUAUGUUGGUUGUUUGCAUUUGACUGAAUUUGUUAAAUUAAUCAUA